AUGUCUUUUACUCAUACUCACUACUCCGUGGCAUGGAUCUGCGCCUUGCCGUGGGAAAUGGCUGCUGCGAAGACCAUGUUAGACGAGACUCAUGGAGCCCUUCCUCAAGCGCAGACUGAUAAUAACUGUUACACACUCGGCCGAAUAUGCGGCCAUAAUGUUGUGAUUGCUUGUCUGCCAUCUGGGGAUUAUGGAACCACAUCCGCUGCAGUAGUGUUAUCUCAAAUGCUGCAAACCUUCACCAAUGUAGAAUUUGGGUUAAUGGUUGGAAUCGGGGGAGGUGUACCCGCGCAAAAGCCUGACAUCCGCCUUGGUGACGUGGUGGUUAGCAUCCCAACUACAAAGGCUGGGGGGGUGGUCCAAUAUGACUAUGGAAAGUCUCUUUGUGAUGGUCACUUUCAGGAAACCGGGUCACUCAACAAGCCUCCCAUGGUCCUAUUGAAUGCAGUCACUAAGCUUCGCGCCGAUUCCAUGAUCGAGAAAGGAUCCCUACAACUUAUUAUAUCAAAUGUCCUCCAAAAGGACCAGGAUACGAGAGAGCUUUUUGCACGUCCAUGCCAAGAUUGGUUAUUCAGCUCAGCAUACAACCAUCCAAGCGGCAUUUCUGAUUGCUCGGCAUGCGAUCAGUCUCAUUUAAUGGCCCGUGAGCCAAGAGCAACGGACGAACCACAAGUUCAUUAUGGCUUGAUUGCCUCUGGGAACCAAGUUAUGAAAGAUGCCAAGAGACGAGACUCCAUUGCCAAAAAAUUGGAUAUCCUCUGCUUUGAGAUGGAGGCAGCUGGCCUCAUGGAUCAAUUACCGGUCCUGGUGAUCCGUGGUAUAUGUGAUUAUUGUGAUUCGCAUAAAUCCAAGAUCUGGCAAGCAUACGCCGCUCUUUCUGCUGCCACUUAUACCAAAUUGCUCCUGAAAAUUGUUCCUUGCAGAAUCAAUGACAGCCAAGCCAUCAUUUUGACGCAUCCUCAAUAUUCGUUCUCGGAGUUAUCUCAUACAGUCCCAUCGUUACCAAAAACAGCCAGUGGCUCACUUUCGAUCGUUCACUCCGAUGCCCGUCAAAAUACUUCUGAAUCCAUGCUCAAGAUAAUUAGCCACCCAAAGGAAGUUAUCAACACGGCUGUCACAUCAGCAGUGGGGGAAUUUGAUGAUCACUAUGGUCAGAAUGCGUACGAGGGUAAUGUUGAGGGUCUCAAAUUGCUACUCAGUAGGGCUACAUAUGCUCUGCACGAUAUUGACCAGAAACACGGAAGGACAGCACUGCAUUAUGCAGUAAUGCGGAAUCAUAUUGAUGUUUGCGAAUUUCUUCGCAAUGCUUCCGCUAAUGUCCAUGCUAUGGAUUAUACUGGAAUGACCCCGACAAUCAAAGCCUGGGAACAUAUAUUGACGCGCCGAGGUAGUCCGGCGCAAAUUCAAAAACUCAAAACGCUGUUUCCUGAUAUUGAUUUUUGUGAUGACAUGGGAUUCUCACACAUUCACAUGCUGGUACUUGAUCUCUUACAAGGUGAUCUUGUGGAGACAUUGAAGGUCAGAAAUCAUCGAACGCAAAUCAAUAAACCUGAUUUUACUGGCAAAACGCCUUUGCAUUGGGCAGCAACUCGCGGUGAUUUUGAGCGUAUUGAGAUCCUUCUCAAAUCUGGGGCUAAUGUCGCUGUGACGGAUGAAUCAGGUGGAACACCAUUGAUGUUCGCCGGAUCCUCUGGCUCCCUGAAGUGUUUGAAACUACUCCUAUAUGCUGGCAGCAUUGUUCACUCAAAAAAUCACUAUGGCUCGGACGCACUCUACUAUGCUUGCAGACACCAGAGUGGAUUAUCUCCGGUCAUUCAUCUGCUCAAGUCAGGUGCCUGUUUGAACACCCAAAACAACAAUGGGCAUACUGCCUUGAUUGGUGCAUCAAUCAGGAAUAACUUCAAAAUUGGCAGGUAUCUUUUGCGUCAAGGUGCGACCAUUGAUGUGCAGGGUGCAAAUGGUGAAACCGCUCUAUUUGAAGCGAUUUUCCAUAAUAGCCAUCAAUUCCUCAGACUACUUUUAGAAUGGUCCUCUGACUACACCAUUGUGAAUCAUGAUGGAUCAAACAUUCUUCAUUCGGUGGCAUUGGAAGGGGACUGUGAAACAGUAAAUAUUCUUCUUUGUUCGGAACUCAAGGGGCUGAAUCCAUUGCAUCGAAACAAGAAACAUCUGACGGCGAUGGAAAUGAUUUUAAAGCGAUCAAUUAUUCCUGAAGGGUUUCGAAGCUUGUUUGAUCGCUUAUUGUCAUCAGUCACAACUGACAGCUCUGAGACGUAG